GUCCUGUCUGCUGACUCUGACUGGCAGCAGCUUUAGCUCUUGCCCCUGUUCUUUGCCUCUGGUUUUGUUGGUGAGGAUAUCACAGUGAUGUCUGCAUUCAACCUGCUGCAUUUGGUGACAAAGAGCCAGCCAGUGGCCCUGCGAGCCUGUGGGCUUCCCUCAGUUUUCCGUAAUGUGUAUCACCAGAGAUGUACUACUCCAGAAGUCUGUUCACAUGGUCCAAAAGAAAAUAAAAGGUCAUGUAGGGAUAAAAAGGACUGUAAGGUGGUCUUUUCCCAGGAAGAGCUGAGGAAGCGGCUGACACCCCUGCAGUACCAUGUCACUCAGGAGAAGGGGACUGAAAGUGCCUUUGAGGGGGAGUACACACACCAUAAAGCUCAAGGAAUAUACAAAUGUGUUGUUUGUGGAACUCCUUUAUUCAAGUCAGAAACAAAGUUUGACUCCAAUUCAGGUUGGCCUUCCUUUUAUGAUGUGAUCAGUCCUGAUGCAAUUGCUUUCAACGAUGAUUUCUCCUAUGGGAUGCAUCGGAUUGAGAUAUCCUGCAGUCAGUGUGGGGCUCACCUGGGGCACAUUUUCGAUGAUGGACCUCGCCCAACUGGCAAACGGUACUGCACAAACUCUGCUUCAUUAUCUUUCAAGCCAGCAGACAAGAACAACGCUGGAGAAGGCAGCGUUAAUGCCAGUCCUGCCCCAACAGGCAAAGCUGAGCUGUAGGAUGAAGCAAAGCCUGCAGAAAACUGCGUGGAUCCCACACAGCUUACAAGGAAUGUUUUCUAGUUUUCAAGUUGCCUGCUCUCUUAUAUCCUAAGAAUGUUCAAAUGUAUGAAAGCAUUUUGCACCAUCAUUCUUCUUCCUCACCUUUUCAGAACUGAGGCCUUUCCUGUCUGUGCAUUUACUGUAUAAUUGGAUUGAAAAAUGUAUUGACUGAGUCUGCAGGUUUUCUUUUUUCUUCUUUUCUUUGAGAUUGCUUUGGGGAAUCUUUAAAUUGAGAGGCUUUGACAUCAUUAGUUAUUAGUUUCUUCUUAAUACUGUGUUACUCUAGGUUUACACACGAUUCCUUUUUGCGUGGGAAAUGGGACUUGUGUUUAUCUCCAGUCUAUAGGAAACUUCUGAGCAUAAGAAAAUCCUGAAUUCCUAGCACAUCUUUGCUUUGUUCUGACUUGUGAGACAUGCAGCCUUUGGUCAUAUGUAUCCAACCAUCUCCCAGCAUCAGCCAGCCACACCUUGCAAAAACUUGUAGUUAUGGCUGUUCCUUCCC